AUGACCAAUAACGUUGAGAGACCGCGACCAUCAACACCGUCACCAGCAUCCCCAACUUCCCCCUUCACGGAGACAUUUGAGGUUCAGCCGCCAGUAACUUUUCUGGAAGAGUCCAGAACUAUACCAUUGGUGGAUUUGACUGAGUCAUCUCCUUCAGCACCAGGGAUCAUUAAAGAGGUUCGAUAUAGUUCCGAAGGUGAAGGCGACAACGGUGGCAACAACAACGGAGGCAAUAACAACGGAGACAACCACAACAACAACAACGGUGACGUGAAUCCUCAUGCAGCAGUCGAGACGAUGCAUAACAGCAAGCUGCCACCUUUCUGGAGAGCAUCACCGAAAACAUGGUUUUUUCAAACCGAAUCAGCUUUCAGCUACAAUCAGAUGCGUUCAGACUCUACGCGCUUUAACCUGGACGUGGCAGCUCUAGACUGCGAGAUCGCGCUAAAGCUUCUAGACUUUUGUUGCGCAGUGCCAAGCACAGAAAAGUACGAGUACUUAAAAAGGCAUCUGCACGUUGACAAUCGCGCUCCGUCGCAGCUGUUGCGUCACAUGCACUUCCUCGCAGGGACGAAGGUCAACGAUGAAGUGCUCAAGGUCAAGUGGCUAGACAUCCUGCCAGUGCCUGCACAAAAGAUACUGCGCAUCCUUCGUAACACCACACUAGACAAGCUGGUAGAGGCCGGGGAUCACAUGGCAGACAGGCCUGCAUCAGUAAAUACCAUACGACCACACGGACAUCAACGGUCUCCCUUACCACAUCGUGCUUCAUCAUCACUGGGUCUUAAGGCUGCCUUUUCAGCUCAGGCUGCGGAGAUAGCUGCCUUGCUUGCCACCAUGACUUAA